AUGGGUGUCGUUGGCGACAGUUAUUCUUAUCCUAAAAGUCUGUUUUUUCAAAACUACAACCCGUCAAAAGAAUUUACACCCCUGGAUAGCAACGUUUUAGCGCUUCUUUAUGACGAAUCCAUUCCAUUCAACUAUCCAACAUCGUCAUUUGAAAGCGACUUCGGCGAUCUGCUGUUGCACGUCGGAGUGGAAGGGCGAAUCGGAAAACUGUUAAAAAGUUCGUCGCGUGAUAGGCUGGUUGCUGACGAAAUAGAGGCAUGUUUCACGAGAGGUGAGCUACUCAAACACUCCAAAGAGGUGGGGGUGUUUCUGAGUGGAUCGGUUGAAAGGGCAGAUUCCGCAACCUUAGGGAUGGCCGUCGCGUCCCUCAACAAAAUUUCUCCUGAUAUGAAAAUCAGACUUGCCGGAAGAGGUGACUUAGGGGCCGAUUACGGGAUCAGCUUUAACCUAAUUCAAACGGCCGAUCAAGCAGAUGCUACUAAAAUCUCAAUUGAGAAUAAGAUGGGAGCCGACUGCAUGUUUCCUAAAUUAAUCAGGAGUAAUGUUCUGCUUUCAUUCAAUUCAAGUAAUAAAGCCAGGAAUUUGCGGCAGCGGAGUAUUAUUGAAGCGUUGUUUUUUAGCCUGGUCCAGUUGCCGCCGACUCGUCUUGGUGGUCAAAAGCUGUUUAAGGUCACCGAUGAAUCCAUUAUUUUCAAUGAUUACUAUGCAGAUCUGAUCAAGCUCGUUUAUUCAAAUGAGUUUAUGGACGGGCUGAAAUUAAGUGAAUUCAGAAAGUUGUCCAGCCGGAUAAGACCUUGCCAAUUCACAUCUUUGAUUACAAAAUAUCAUUAUAUCUUUUCAUAUAAUAUACCAAUUGAUAUUCCUCCAGAAGAAGAGCCUCUACAUCAAGCUCUCAACUGUAUUCUUACUAUCUGUCAAACACGUUAUUUGGUUAAUUCAUCAACCAGUCGACGAGGAUAUUUGAAUGUUCGUUUAACGCCUGAAGAAUAUGCGGACUUACGAGAACACUUGCAAAAUCAACAACGUAAUGAAAAAGUGAAUCUUCUCGAUCUCGAAAGACAUCCUAAUUCGCCUGUAUGGACAAUAAUACGACAAGGUCUUGAUUUUUUCAAGAUCGCUCAUAAAUUCGUUUUUCGAAUUGUGUCAAUUGAAAUCAAUGUUCAGCAUGCAAUAUCCGUUGUCAAAGAAUUUGAACACGAAAUAAAGAAGAUUCCAGUUUGUCUUGCAGGUGACGCGGCUAUGGCCGUACAUUUCUGGCCAGGGAGAGGAAUGAAUUCUGGUAUGAAAGCGGCAAUGGCUCUUGCUCGAAAUAUCGCUCGUCUGUUCGUACGACACGAUUCUACUGAAAUGAUAGUCGUUCGCAAACCUCUCACUUAUGAAGAUUUUCUUGAAUACGAAGAGUUCAUGAUUUGUCUUCGAAACCGAGAACAGCACAACCGAUCUCUUCGAAUUACUAAUUAUCCAAUUGACAGAAGCGUUGAAACUGCUUAUGAUUUCUUCCACUUACCUGGUAGCUAUCAAUUCUAUAUCAAUACUCUCAAAAGCAAACUCGAAAGAGCUCGUACAUUGUUACAAAAUCGACCGGACUGGCCACGUCAACAUAGCCCAAUCACUGACAAAGAACUAGACAACGCAUCGAAUAGAGUAUCUGCUAAUGCUGUUGCUCAACUUUCUCUUGCUAAUCCAUGGCCAACUCGAGAAAUGGCUGGAGAUGAAAUACUUGUCGAAAAUUAUUUUCCCUUGGACGGAAAAACAUUCUUACCUCUUCCUUCAUCUGUUACGUGGUUAAUACCGGAUAGUGUACAACAAACAGUAGCUGACAACACAACAAAUGAAAAAGUAUCAUACACCUCGGUCAUCUGCAUAGUUCGAUCUACUGAUGUUAUACAUCCAGUGUGGUGUAUAGAAACGGGUGGUGAUAGCUUUCCGUUGACUGCAGGCUGUGGAAGAGAACAGUAUUUGCCUCAUGAAGGUCCACAAAAUGUAUUUGAUUUAAGUCUUGAUACGAAAUAUCUCUGUUUCGGAAAAUUUACUGCUCGUCAUGAUUGUAAUGAAAAAGAAUGGUUUCGUGCAGGCUUCAAUGUUACUCCAAGUCGUGGUAUAACAUGUGCCUUAGGAUUUUCCUUUAGUACAAGUAACGAUUUUCCAGAACGUGAUCCAGUCAUGAUCACUAUUGAAGGAAGUAACGAAGGUGAUCCUAGACAAGGAUCAAGCUGGACUCUGAUCUACGAUGGUUUAUCUGGUAUUGAAGAAGAUCCAGGUAGAAAAUCAUGUGGUGUUGAAAAGUAUAUUUCGAAUGAUAAAUGGUUUACAAGUUAUCGAGUAUUAGUAACGCACACACGCGCUGCAUGUAACUGUUGUCAGUAUAGUCAAUUCUUUUUCUUUGGGCAUUAA